UAGCAAUUGCUUUUCCCAACAAACAUUUAUAUAUUUACUUCACACAACCCGGGGCUAUUAAUUCACCCGAAAACAAAAGCCCAUUUCUCCUCCUCUUCCUCUCUGUAAAGACUAUAUAAAGUAGACCAGAGCGACCAAAUCUAGCCAGCACGAAUUUCAAAGAGACCACCCCCCGCCAAUGCGGAGAUGACGCAGAGCGGCGGCGCCGAUUCCGCAGAACCCGGCAGCAAAGCGAUGUCGCCGCCGAGUUCUGGUGCGGCGACGAGUCCUGGUGCGCCGACGAAGCGGGGGCGCGGCGCGGGGAGCACGCGGCACCCGUCGUACCGGGGCGUCCGCAUGCGGGCGUGGGGGAAGUGGGUGUCGGAGAUCCGGGAGCCGCGGAAGAAGACGCGCAUUUGGCUCGGCACCUUCCCCACCCCGGAGAUGGCCGCGCGCGCCCACGACGCCGCCGCCCUCUGCGUCAAGGGCCCCGCCGCCGCCCUCAACUUCCCCGAGCUCGCCGCCGCCCUCCCCCGCCCCGCCACCCUCGCCCCGCGCGACGUCCAGGCCGCCGCCGCCCUGGCCGCCGCCAUGGAGGAGCCCGGGUUUGCGUCGGAUCAGCUGUGGGCCGUGCCGGACGGGUGCGUCCCUACCGUGUUCGAAUCGCGGUUGUGGGAUUAG